UCAACGACUCGUUAAUAUAUGAAAUUGCGCUGAUAACCUUUUCACUUCGCUGUGACAACUCGAAAAAGCAACACCGAACACCGAACGUUGAAUAUCGAACUCUGAUAAACCUGAAAUGUGCAAAAAUCCGAAUUUGAGGUUUCUGACGCGCCUCCUGGUAGAUGUCUUCAUUUUGCUCUGUGUCUCUUGCGGUGCAUUGGUGGUACUGCCAAAAACAGUGCACACAUUCGAGCGUGGCUUCUUUUGCUCUGAUGACACACUUAUGUAUCCGUACGUGGAGUCAAUGCUCAGCAAAGUGCACAUGACGAUCGUCAUUGUGGCGAUACCAGCUGUGCUUGUUUUGAUAGUGGAAAUGCUGAGAGCUGCGCUGCAGAACGAUAAAGGCAAGCAGCAGUUCGCUUUUGUGGGCAUUGGAAUACCGACAUUUAUCAGUGAAUGUUACAAGGUUAUUGGCGCAUAUCUAUUCGGCAUUUCUUUGGUUGUUGCUGCAGUGCAGACGACAAAGCAUUUGGUGGGCCGGUUGAGACCUUACUUUUUUGAUGUUUGCCAACCACGACUGCUGGAUGGCACUACGUGUGAACACAUGCAAAAUCAAGGAGCGUAUCUUGUGAAUUAUACUUGCUCUGAGCUCUCAGCUUCCUCAGAACUACUGAAAACUGUGCGGCAUUCAUUUCCAAGUGGCUAUGCAGCAAAUACUGCUUAUGCCAUGUUCUUCUUAGUGUUUUACUUGCAAGCACGUAUGACGACUGCUUGGUUGAGGUUGGCGCGUACCGCUUUACAGUUUUGCUUUGCCACAAUCGCUUAUGUUGUCGCUUUGGAAAGAGUGUCAUCGCUGCGGAACCACUGGUCAGAUGCCCUUGUUGGGUUCGUAGUGGGUUUAAGUAUUGCGGCCUUUGUGUCAGUUUGUUUAGCUAAGCUUUACUGGACACCGCCGUUGAGGAAACGUAGAUCGCUGAAAGAUAAGAACCCUAUUUACGCUUACAGUUUAUAUGGGUUUUACGGGCUCAACAAGAAAACGCCGAAGUAUUUUUAAGCCAUGAUAAAUAUGGUAAUGAAGUAUUAUUGUAAAAUUUAUUAUGUUCCGAUAUAUACUAUAAUUUAAGUA